CCCUGGACUUCUAUUAACAAAAGUUAAAACGGAGUCAGUUACACAGGAUGUCACUUUAAGGACGGGGUCUGAGAAUAAGGUAUCAGUAUCCAUGGCUUACAUUGAUCCUUUGAGAUGUAUCUUAAUAAGUUGCAUGUUUGGCAUAGCAUCGGCAUGUUUUUGUGAACAUUAUCCAUGGUCUUCUUGGUCAAGCUGUUCAAAAACAUGUGAACAUGGAACUCAGAGUAGAGCCCGACAAAUAACAUACAGCGAUUACUACUGGAAAAAUAAUUGUGAUCAACUAUGCACAAAACAUGAGAGUCGAUCUUGUAAUGAAGCACCCUGCCCAAUCAACUGCAGAAUUGGAGACUUCGGCUCAUGGUCUGACUGUGAUCCAUGUCUAAAAAAGCAGUUCCGUACUCGUUUGCUAGAGCGUCCCGCUCAGUUUGGUGGCCAAAUAUGUCCAGGGCAAUUGGUCGAAUCCCGUGAAUGCAUACCAUCAAAGAUUUGCAACAUCGAGCAGGCUGAUUGUGACAAAAAAUUUGAAUGUAACACAGGUCGCUGCAUACCAUUAAACCUGAAGUGUAAUGGAGAUAAUGACUGCGGUGAUAAUUCAGAUGAAAGAAACUGUCGGAAGAAAAUAGAACCCAAAAGAAGUUUUGAAAGCAUACCUGGAAUUCUGCUCAUAGGAAAUGGAUAUAAUUACCUAUCAGGUGAAAGCCGAGGAGAGAUCUUUGAUAACACCUUUUAUGGUGGAAAGCUUGUCACAGUUUCAGGAAAUGAGACCGGACCAAACAGGAAACUUUAUCGUCUCCCUGCCAACCUUGAAAGCAUCAAAUUUCAGGUGGAAAAUGAAGAGGAUGAUGUAGUAGCCAAAUAUUACAACAGUUUGAAAGAUUUCAAUAGCGAACAAAACAGUGCUAGUUCUUAUUCACAUUCUGGAAGCCGUGGUGUUGGCAUUCCCCUCCUUUUUCAUAAGAAAAGUAAUGUAAAGGUUACCUCCUCUUCAUCAUUUCGAGCAGCCAUACAAGCAGCUGGCAGCAAGAAUUCUAAUUUUAUUAGGAUCAAUAAAGUGGUCUCGGUAUCAAAAUUCACAAUAAAAAAAAAGAAUGAUCUUUGGCUAUCAGAUGUCUUCCUAAAGGCUCUUAACAACCUGCCCUUAGAGUACAACUAUCCUCUUUACAGCAGAAUAUUUGACGACUUUGGUACACAUUACGUCACUGGAGGCACACUGGGUGGCUCAUAUGACCUCCUUUACCAGUUUAGUUCAGAAGACAUGAAAUCUUCAGGUUUAACUGAAUCAGAAUCAGUAGAUUGCACAAGAACUGAAACAACAUAUCGUAUUUUCUUUUUCAAGAAAAAGAAGGUUAAGCAGAUAUGUAUAACCAACAAGAUGUCUGAACGCUACAAAGGGUCAUUUUUGCAGUCAUCGCAAAAAUCAAUAUCUUUCACAAAGGGUGGAAGAGCUGAAUAUGCUGCAAAACUUGGAUUCCCAAACAAUGGGAAAUAUCCAGAAGAAAAUAUAUUUGCAGACUGGGUGGCAUCUGUUGUAGACAAUCCACUGUUAGUUGAAUUUGAGUUGGCCCCAAUUCUUGAUUUAAUAAGUGGAUUUCCAUGCUCAGUAACAAAGAAACGGAACCUCCUGAAAGCUUUUGAUACCUAUAUGGGGAGGUUUGACCCAUGUAAAUGUUCGCCAUGCCCCAACAAUGCCAGAGCAGUUUUGUCGGGCAAAGAAUGCCUCUGUAUUUGUGGAACUGGGACCUACGGUGAAAGCUGUGAAAAGCGAGCACCGGAUUACAGUUCAGCUGUUGUUGAUGGUUCCUGGAGUUGCUGGUCCCCAUGGACUAGCUGUGAUGUUUCCUUAAUAAGAACAAGGAAAAGAGAGUGUAAUAACCCUGCUCCUCGUAAUGGGGGUAAGGCGUGCGAGGGCGAGAAAACACAAGAAGGACGCUGCUUUAUCUCUCUAUUCGAAGACAAAGCAGCACUGUGUAUUAAUGAAAAUGAGGAAAAGAAGGAAAUAGACCAAGAACAGCCAGAUCGUGAUAGUGGAUGCCGUAAACCAGAUCCACCAGAACAUGGAUACAUCGUUGAUGAAAAGAAUUGGUAUUCUAUAGCUGAUGAGGCUGAAAUAGUGUGUCUAGCGGGAUAUGAACUUUCUGGGUACCAGUUCCUACGGUGUCUUCCAGAUGGCACAUGGAAGCAAGAGGCUGUUGAGUGUAAAAGAGCAAUGUGCUCAAGACCAUCAGUAUCGGAAGACAUCACAAUAUUCCAGUAUAAAAAAGAAUAUAAAGUCGGGGAAACUAUUCAGAUAUCCUGCCCUCAAGAUUUGGUUGUAACGGGUCAAAACAUCUACAGAUGUGGAAGUGAUUUCACGUGGGAUCCUCCUAUAUUGCAAGAACUUGCUUGCGAGAAAGAAGCAGCUAAGGUAUUUCAAGGAAACUGUGAUCCAGGCCAAAAGCAAGUGGGAUCUGAAUGUGUCUGCGUGUCCCCAGAGCAAGAUUGUGGGUAUGACAGAGAACAUCUGUGCAUAUAUGAUGAAAAUGCUGAUAGUGGCGUCACUAUGUCACUCUGUCAGUACCUGGCCGAGAAGUGCUUGGGAACUAAACAACUUGUUUUCUUGAACAAUGGGCCGUGCAGGAAUGUCAACCUAAACUGGGUCCGUGAUAGACUGGCCAUGUCUGUGAGCAGUGUAAAGAAAGAACCUUGCGGACAUGAUUUCUGCUAUGACUGGGAAAGAUGCGCAGGUUCUGAAUGUUCAUGUAUUAACCCGAGUCAGUGUCCAGAGAAUGAUGCCCAGUUAUAUUGCGUCACAGUUGGAACUUCGGGAAAGCAAAGAACUGUUAAUCAUUGCGCAUUAGCAACCAUAAAAUGUAGAAAUAUGAAAAUGGAAAUUCUUUAUAAUGGAGAAUGUACUUCGUAAAAAGGUCACAGUGAAUUAAUACUUAUUCAUACACACAUCCACAGAAAAAGUCAUGUAAUCCUGUCUGAUGAAAAAUGCUAACGUUUUAUAUUUACACUAGCUUUUUGUGGUCAUUAAUUUUAUUCAUAGUCUAAAGAGUUAUGUGAGGACAACAUCCUGUAUUAAAUCAUCUUUCUGAUAUGUCAACAAUAUUCUACAAUUUUGCUAUAUACUUCAAGCAAUAAACAUUUUUAUAGUAACUA